CGCAAGACGGACCGCGACCCAAACAAUCUAUCUUACUUUCGCUGAUUUAUGCACGUCCUCCUGCUGGUUGUUGGAAGCCAGGCACAAGCACUCCCAAGACCCUGCCCUGCAUCAUCGUUCGCAUCAUUUUCUGUCCCACCUCGCCAUUGCUUCUCACAGACAUCAGACAAUGUCUUCAUCGGCUACGUCGUCAAGCCACCUUUGAUAAUACUGCGCAAACACAACAAACGUGCCGACCUGGUCCGGGCGACCACAAUGUCAUCCCCAGGAGAAACUGCAGUAGAUGGCGCCGAGAGUACGGGCCCGACAUUCGUGUCGCGCGAUGAAGUGCGGACUCUGUAUGCGGUGGCUGGCGCUUUCCUCGCAUUGGCGUUGAUUGCAGUGGUAUGCCGUGCGCUGGCACUGUAUACGAAGCGGACGUGGGGCAAAUGGGACGACUGGACGAUGAUGUUCUGCAUCGCACCAGCGGCGUCGCUGGCGGCCUUCAUGUGCAUUCAAGGGAAGAAGGUAGCCCAUGGCCCUCAAGAUCAGGAUCCGUUCGAGUGGCUCCAAAAUAUUUUGCUCGCCACCUGGAUUAUUCAGAUUUUGACAGUGACAUGUUUUUACGUCGUCAAAUUGUCGCUCUGUAUCCGAUACCUUCGAAUAGCGGAUAACGCUGAUGACUGGUUCUGGCGACUUUCUAUGCUCACGAUCGUAUUUGUAACUGCGCAUUACAUUAGUAGCGUAGUAGUGUGGGGAGCACAAUGCCUACCCGCGGCCAGAUACUGGAACCUUUCCAUACCAGGAAGGUGCAUAGACCUUCAAACCUGGACUUUGUCGGUCAAUGCCGUGAACCUCGCCACAGACGCGGUCGUCCUGAUACUCCCUAUUCGGCCCAUCUGGAAGCUGAGAAUGCCUCUCAAGCAGCGUCUUGCCAUCCUUAGCAUAUUCGGGCUCGGCAGCGUGUCGACAGUGGCUGGCUGCUUUCGCUUCCACUACAUGUACCAGUUUUACAAGGGUCCAACAGAUCUGGGACAGACGACAUUGUUGAUCGAAGUAUGGGCAUAUAUUGAGAUCUCACUGGGCAUAUUCUGCGGAUGUGCUCCAUCAUUCCGGACCUUGUGGACAGCACUACGAGACCGCAUUGGAGGAACAGAUGCGUGGCAAACGAUGAACAGUCACACAUCCUCGGAGAACAGUACAGGUACAAGUUAUGGACGUUCCGAGAAGAGUAAAGCAGCACAACGUCUAAGUCGUGAGACAAGGUUUGAGAUGGUUCAGUGGGGAGGGCAGCCGUCUACCAGCAACAGUGGCCAAGCUGCCAGCUACAGUUCACAGCACAGCAUCAUGGAAGCAACGAGAGAAGGGGUACAAGAGGAUCACCAAUCCGUUUACCGGGAAAGUAAUCGGCAUAGCAAUCACGACAGAAUUGGCGCAUGA